AUGCGUAUCUACCCCUUUGCAUUUCUGUAUGUAGUUGACCAGACACCUGCCUACCUUAUCUACUUCAUCCCCGUCGUGCUGAGGAACAUGGGUUAUACCUCGGUCUCGGCCCAGUGGACGACGGUGCCGAUCUGGGCAAGCGGCGCCGUCCUCAUGGUCUUGGCCUCUUACGCGUCGGACCGAUACUCCGCCCACCGCGCCCAUAUCAUCAUCUGCAUGUCGGUCUGCAUGGCGGCUUGCGUCGUCUGCCUAACAGGCCGUAACGACCAGGUGCGCUACGCCAUGCUGUGUUUCUACAUUGGCGGCAUCUUCGCCGCCGUUUCACAGAUGUCCAACUGGACCACCAACACCUUUAGCCUGUUCGAAUGA